CGUAACCGGGGCAACGGUGGAGCUAAACAACAGUCCCCACACUUCACGGCAGCUCGUCCACUCCAUAACAGUUGAUUCACUCAAUGACAGCAUGACUUUACCACUCUUACCUGGGAACACCUUCAACAGGAACUUAGGAAAAGAAAAGUUUCAUAAAUCGCAUCAUUUCGAUUUCCCAAAUGACGUCCCAGUGAUGGUAGGAGAGGAAAAGCCUGGAAUUGGUGGGGAGCCAUUGCUUGGUCAGAAGUUGAAACCCAAGUUCAGUGUAUUCCCAAAGGGACAAGGCAGUGAUGCACCAUCGUGGGUUGUCUUUGAUAAGCAGGUGCUUUGCUUUAAAGCCUAUUUUCAAGAAAGUGUACAGGAAAGAAGAGAAGAACAGUAUCGAAUAAGAAAGUGCAAGAUUUACUUUUACUUGGAAGAUGACACAAUGCAGGUUAUUGAACCAGAAGUAAAAAACAGUGGCAUCAAUCAAGGAACGAUAAUCCAUCGUCAUCGUAUUCCUCUUCCACCUCCAAAUGAUGACCAGUUUUACACAGUGGAUCAUUUCAAUCUCUGCCAAGAGAUUGUUUUCUAUUCAAAGACAUUCAUGAUUGUAGACUGUGAUCAAUUUACUAAAAACUUUCUCUGGAAAAUGGGUGUCAAACUGAACCCACCAGGCUGCAUUCCUGAAGAUCCAUAUACUUCAAAACGUGAAAAAAUGGAGAAAAACAUGCAACCUCUCCGCCCAUAUGAGAAAAUUGAUACACUUAAGCAGUUCCUGGACCAUGAUACACAUGUGUUGCGAUUUUACUGUUACUGGGAUGACAGAGAGACUCAGUAUGGAGACUUCAGGGAAUUCAUUCUGCAUUAUUACCUGGCAGAUGACACAAUUGAAAUUCGAGAAGUUCUACCCCCAAAUUCUGGCAGAGAUGCUGUUGGCAUCUUUCUCGUCCGAGGCAAGCUACCAAAGAAUAUUCCAGAUCGAUUAUAUCAUCCUGGUGAGAUUACAGACCGAACACUACUGAACACUUUUGGACCAGUGGGGCCGGGAAGCCGCUAUAUUCUGGAUAGUCUCAAGACUGGACAUGUGCAGCAAGAGUUCUACAAGGACUGUGACUUGAUGAUUGGGACAGUGAUAAAUGUCUGGGGACGGAAGAUGGUUCUCUGUGACUGUGAUGAAUUUACAAAAGAAUAUUACCGGAAUAAGUAUGGUGUUGAGGAUUUCACACCAGUCAAAUACAAGUCAGAACCAACCACAAAAGUUGAAAGGGAAAUUCCUCCAUAUAAUGGUUUUGGAUCAGAGGAGGAUUCCUACAAUUCCACCUUAAGCUUGGAGCCCAAACCUCCACGACGUAAUAUAAUAAAAUUUAUGGAGAAGGACAGACAGGGAUUGGAAAGCAAUGUGCUCCGGUUUAGUGCCAGAUUAAUUAUGAACAAUGAAAUUGAUAAUGAACGGAAAUUUAUCCUUUCCUAUUUUUUGACUGAUGACACCAUUAGUAUUUUUGAACUGCCAAAGAUAAACUCAGGUAUUACUGGUGGUAAAUUUUUGGAAAGGGGGCGAAUAAAAAAACCUGGCCAGGAACUGUAUAAGAGUGAGCUAUCCGACUAUUUCACUCAGCAGGACCUGUUUGUUGGAGCCAACCUCUGCUUCUAUGGGAAUCACUUUUGCCUGGUAGAUGCCGAUGAGUAUACUUUCUGUUACAUGGAAAAGAAUGCAGAUGAAUACCAGAAGGCCAAUAUUUGCACAAUUUUGACGAAGCUCAAAACAACUAGUAAUGUACAUUCCCUUGAAAUUAAAAGGAUGCUUGCAGCUCAUGAUCAUAACAGGACUGGAAUAAUCAAUUACGAUGAGUUCAGGAAUAUUAUAAUUUCGAUUGGAGAAGGACACCUCACUGAACAUGAAGUGAUUACAAUGGGCCGUUAUUAUAGCAUCCGUGAAGAGCGAGAAACAGACAUUUGUCUUAUAUUACAUUUGGUUCAAGAGGUGCUGAGAAAAAAAGGCUUUGAAGAUUUUCUCAAAAUAUCUGAGGCUUUCAAGUAUGAGGAUCCACAAAGAACUGGAUUCUUGCCAGCCCGGGAAACUAGAAAUGUUUUGAAAGGUUUCCAGCUGCCUAUACCGAAUGAUAUUCUUGAAGAAAUGAUUUCAAAGUUUCAAAGUGCUGAUGGACAAGUGGCAUAUAGGAAUCUUGUCUUGGGUUUGAACUGGAGAGAAAACCCUGUUCCACCUGUCGAUGCAAAGGUUCCCAUCAAGCUUUACACCAGGAAUUCAGAGUUUCCAAUUAAGCAAGUGAAGAGUAUCAACUACAUGGCUUUAAUAGAGGAUCUGUUUGGCAAACAGGAAUAAAAUGAUUCAAAGUGGGUCUUCUUUACUUUAUUCAUAGAAAAGUUAUAUGUUUUA